GUCGGCUUAUGCUGCAAAUCGGCCGGGAGCAUUGGUGUACGUUGAAAAGAACGAGCGGACCAAUAUCAAUCACUUCUUUGGACAUGUGAAUGAUGUUGGCCUCACUGAAGCUGAUGUAAUAGAUUAGUGGGAUCUUAGAGAUGAGGUCCUUAAAAACCCUUUGUUACGGCCAGAUAAGCUUGGUCCUUCUACCAAAUACUGGUAGAAUCCGUAAUCAUUUCGUGGUGGAAGUUGAUAUAAAACAUACAAAAGGCCAUAAUAGAAACCAGAAAGUGUUGAAUUGGUCAUAUUAUCACUGUGGAAUCGAACGCAUAAGCGGUAAUGUGCGGGGCCAUAGAUUGGUUAUAAGGAUCACAAACCCUUUCAUGCAGUACACCAAAACUGGACGCCUGUAAGCCUCAUUCUGUCCUUAUCGAACCAUACAUUGAGCCUCC